GACGUCAUCUUCCAUCCAAGGAUCGGAUAUGGCGUCUGGGUUAAGGCGUCCCGUCGCUCGGCAACCGAGAGUAUACGUCUGACAAGCGGACAACUGAGCUGUGAAAAUCCAGAGCUUCUAUAGAAGAUUUCAUGUGACGGUGAGACGUGUCCUGUGUAAAACACUGAUGACGGAGGAUGGACAAGGAUAGGAAUCCUAAAUCUAAGAGAAUAUUACAUAUCACCCUGGAGAUCAUCUACCUGCUGACUGGGGAGGAUUACACAGUAGUGAAGAAGACAUCUGGUGAGUGUGAGACAUCUAGCAGCCACCCCUGUUUAUCAGGAGGACUGAGCAGGAUCCAGAGCCCCAUUACGGAGCCUCUGCCUCACUUACUGAUACAUGGGAGAAACAAUGAGCAGAAGAUCCUGGAACUCACCAACAAGAUCAUUCAGUUGCUGACUGGAGAGGAGUGGGAGUAUGCAGAGGAACACAAGGGUCUGUACAAUAAUGUGAUGAUGGAGAAUCAACGGCCCCUCACAUCACUGGAUAAAUCCAGUAUCAGAGAUUCCCCAGAGAGAUGUCCCCGUGCUCUUUGUUCACAGGACAGUACAGAGGUGAGACACAGGACCUCACAGGAGAAUCAGGGUGAAGAUUUAACUGAUAUUAAAGUUGAAUAUAUUGUGGGAGAAGAAGAGAUGGAUGUGAGGGGUGAUCAGCAGCGUAAGGAGGAGGAAAUCCCUAUAGAUAUCAUCACAGAUGUGCCUAGUAACAGAGAUACCCCAGAGAGAUGUCCCCGUCCUCUUUAUUCCCAGGACUGUACAGCGGAGACUCACAGUAUCCUACAGGAGAAUCAGGGUGAAGAUCUGAUUGUUAUUAAGGUAGAAGAUAUAGAGGAAGAAGAAGAGAUGUAUGUGAGGGGUGAUCAGCAGUGUAAGGAGGAGGAAAUCCCUACAGAUAUCAGCACAGAUGGACCCAGUAACGGAGAUAUGACAAAGAGAUGUCCUCGUCCUCUUUAUUCCCAGAACUGUAGAGAGGAGAACCACAGGACCCCACAGGAGGAUCAGCAUGAAGGUUUGACUGUUAUUAAGAUAGAAGAUAUAGAUGGAGAAGAAGAGAUGUAUGUGAGGGAUGACCAGCAGUGUAAGGAGGAGGAAAUCCCUACAGAUAUCAGCACAGGUGGACGCACAAUCAAGAAUACCCCUAAGGGAUAUGUAAUUAGGUCUCCAUACUAUAAAAUAGAAGAUAACAUCACACAAGGUUCUCCAGGAGAAAACUCGAUUACUCUAAGUGUACAUCCAGUACUUCACAGUGCAGAUAUAUCAUCUGAUCCUUCUGAGGGGGAGGAAUGUUCUCCUGAUAUUGCUACACAUAGUGCAACUCACAUCAGUGAUAAAACCUUCCCCUGUUCUGUCUGUGGCAAAUGUUUCACAAAGAAAUCAUAUCUUCUUUGUCAUCUUAGAAUUCACUCAGGUGUGAAACCAUUUCCAUGUGCUGAGUGUGGGAAAUGUUUCUUAAAGAAAUCACAUCUUGUUAGUCAUCAUAGAAGUCACACAGGUGAGAAACCAUUUCCAUGUGCUGAGUGUGGGAAAUGUUUCUCAAAGAAAUCACAUCUUGUUAGUCAUCAUAGAAGUCACACAGGUGAGAGACCAUUUUCCUGCUCUGAGUGUGGGAAAUGUUUUAUAUUGAAAUCAAAUCUUGUUCUACAUCAGAGAAGUCACACAGGUGAGAAACCAUUCCCAUGUUCUAAGUGUGGGAAAUGUUUUGCAGGGAAAUCAAAUCUUGUUAAACAUGAGAAAAGUCACACAGGUGAUAAGCCAUUUCCAUGCACUGAGUGUGGGAAAUGUUUUACACGUAAAAAUAUUCUUGCACAACAUCAGAGAAGUCACACAGGUGAAAAAAGAUUUUCAUGCUCUGAGUGUGGGAAACGUUUUACAGAGAAAACCGGUCUUAUUAAACAUCGGAAACUUCACACCAAUGAGAAACCAUUUCCAUGCAAGGAGUGUGGGAAAUGUUUUACAGAGAAAUCGACUCUUAUUAAACAUCAGCGAACUCACACAGAUGAGAAACCAUUUAAAUGUUCUGAGUGUGGGAAAUGCUUCAUACUCGAAAAGUAUCUUCUUUCACAUCAGAGAACUCACACAGGUGAGAAACCAUUUAAAUGCUCUGAGUGUGGGAAAACUUUUACAGGAAAAUCAAGUCUUGUUCAUCAUCAAAGACUUCACACAGGUGAAAAACCAUUUAAAUGCUCUGAGUGUGGGAAGUGGUUUACACAGAAAUCAAAUCUUGUUAAGCACCGGAGAACUCACACAGGUGAGAAACCAUUCAAAUGUCCUGAGUGUGGGAAAUGGUUUACAGGGAGACAAGGUCUUAUUAACCAUCAGAGAAUUCACUCAGGUGAGAGGCCAUUUAAAUGUGUUGAUUGUGGGAAAUGUUUUACACAGAGAUCAGGUCUUGUUAGACAUCAGAGAACUCACAAAGGUGAGAAGCAGUUUCCAUCUUCUGAGUAUGGGAAAUGUCUUACUCAGAAACAAAGUCUUAUAACAUUUCACAAAAUAUCCAUGAGCUGAUAGAAAUGACACAAAGCUACAGCAAUAUUGUAAAUUUCUCUGACGUCCUAGUGGAUGCUGGGAACUCCGUAAGGACC